CAGAGAGAGGGAGGGGAUGGGGCAGGCUGGUAACCGGGCUGUAACGGGGAUAAGCUGCAGCCUCCGUGUCUCAGAUGCUCUGAUGGAGUGAACCGGGCAACGAUGCGCGUUUAUGUCCUUUCUCUGUCGGUCAUGGAGAGGGUUCGUCUCUCAUCUCUGUGAAGCCUGGGCCAGGGGUCAGAGGUCAUCCACCAAACCUGCACUUACCCCUGCACCCCACCCCACCCCACCCCACCCCACCUCCCUACCACCAAACCCUCAGCCCCUGUCACCCAACCACUGGAACUUAUCUUGUAUCCUUUUCCCCACUUUUCUCUCACUCACAAAUUCACAACGCUGCCCUGUUCGUCUUCCCCCGGCACUUGUUUCUUGCCUGCCAGCGUCACCCAGUCCGCUCGAGAGGAAAGACCCCUAACCAACGAAGUAACUGUUGACCAUUUCAUGACGAGUCAGUCGUUCACCAGACACUGCGCUCAAGUGUCCUAGACAGCUUCUCAGAUAACACCUCUCACACCCAGGCCUCAAGAUGAUGUGCGAGGUGAUGCCCACCAUCUCGGAGGACGGGCGCAGCGGCGGAGGAGGCGGCUCGUCUUCCCCAGCGGGGGGCGGAGGAGGGAUGGGUGGAGGGAUGGGAGGCAUAGGGGGCUACGGCAGCCGGGAUCCCCGCGGUAGUGGUGGCGGCGGCAGCGAUGAGGGGGGCAGCACGGGCAACCUGGAGUCGCUGAUGGUGAACAUGCUGACGGAGAGGGAGAGGCUGCUGGAGAGCCUGAGGGAGACACAGGACAGUCUGGGGACGGCACACCUACGCCUGCGAGAGCUAAGUCACGAGAAGGAGUCACUCCAGAGGCAGCUGUCCAUCGCCCUGCCACAGGAGUUUGCAGUGCUGACCAAAGAGCUGAACCUCUGCCGGGAACAGCUGCUGGAGAGAGAGGAGGAGAUAGCAGAGCUGAAGGCAGAGAGGAACAACACACGACUGCUGCUUGAACAUCUGGAGUGCCUGGUGUCCCGUCAUGAGCGUAGCCUGAGGAUGACCGUGGUGAAGAGGCAGGCCCAGUCCCCAGCAGGGGUCUCCAGCGAGGUGGAGGUCCUAAAAGCCCUCAAGUCUCUGUUCGAGCACCACAAAGCUCUGGACGAGAAGGUGAGGGAAAGACUACGGGUGGCUUUGGAGCGGGUGACGACCCUAGAGGAAGAGCUGCAGUCCUCCUCUCAAGAGGUUCUGUCUUUAAGGGAACAAAUCAAACGACGGCAGCAAGGACUAGACAACGGCAAAGAGCGGCUUCCCAACGGACCGUCCUCCAUCUUGGAUGACGCAGACAUCGACAGACAGAGAGAGGGCGAGAUAGAGCGACAGAGGUCAGAGCUGGGACAGCUGAAAGAGAGACUGGCUCUCAUGUGCAGACAGGUUGGGGAGAUCGAGGAGCAGCUGACGUCCGCCAGGAGGGAGCUGGCCCGAUCGGAGGAGGCCAACCAGAAACUACAGAGGGAUGUGAAAGAGGCGCUCUGUCAAAGGGAAGACAUGGAAGAGAGAAUCACCACAUUAGAACGCAGGUACCUGAGUGCCCAGAGGGAGGCGACGUCUCUCCAUGACAUAAAAGAUAAACUGGAGAACGAGUUGGCCAGCAAAGAGUCUCUCUACAGACAGAGCGAGGAGAAGAACCGGCAGCUUCAGGAGCGUCUGGAUGAUGCCAAACAGAAGCUGCAGCAAACGCUGCAGAGGGCCGAGACGCUGCCUGAGAUCGAGGCCCAGCUCGCCCAGAGAGUGGCAGCACUCAACAAGGCGGAGGAGCGUCAUGGUAACUUUGAGGAGCGACUGCGACAGAUGGAGGCGCAACUGGAGGAGAAGAACCAGGAGCUACAGAGGGCGAGGCAGAGGGAGAGGAUGAACGAUGAACACAACAAGCGUCUCUCCGACACAGUUGACAAGCUACUGUCUGAGUCCAACGAGAGGCUGCAGCUCCAUCUGAAGGAGAGAAUGGCCGCCCUUGAAGAAAAGAAUGCCCUAUCUGAGGAACUGGCUAACAUGAAGAAACUCCAGGAUGAUCUCUUGGCAAACAAGGACCAGCUGAUAGCAGAGCUGGAAAGGCUUCAGCUGGAGUUAGAUCAGUUGAGAGCGAGGCCCGGGGGCUCUUAUUCCAGUCGCUCUCUGCCAGGUAGCGCUCUGGAGUUAAGGUAUUCCCACGGGGGCGGGUCCCUCCCUGCAGGCUCCACCACUCACUUGGAUCCCUUCUGUAACGCCCCUACUGGGGGCGUGGUCAGGCGAAGUCACCGGGCCCGUUGGAGCUCCGCCCGAGAGGACUCGACCAAGUACCCAGACUGGGAGAGCGGGGCUCUGCUGGGGACCGGGUUCGAGCCGGGCUUGGAUGUGGGCUGUUCCGACGACGAGGACGAUGGGGAGCCUCGGUUUGGCUCCGAGCUGUUGUCCCCCAGUGGACAGACUGACGUGCAGACCCUGGCCAUCAUGCUGCAGGAACAGCUGGAGGCCAUCAAUAAGGAGAUCAAACUGAUCCAGGAGGAGAAGGAGAACACAGAGUUGCGGGCCGAAGAAAUCGAGAGCCGGGUCAGCGUGGCUUUGGACAGUCCGCCCAUCCCUCCAUCUUCCCUGGGGAGAGACAGCACAGGACGGGGCUUCAUCCCCUCGUCCAUCACAUCCUCCACCCUGGCCUCCCCCUCUCCCCCCAGCUCUGGACACUCCACCCCUCGCCUGCCUCACUCCCCAGCCCGUGAGAGUGAUAGACAGAACAACAAAGAAGAUGAUCGGUCCCUUGCUCUUCUUGACUCUACGCCUCCUUCCACUCCUCGUGCACUGCGCUUGGACAGGAUGACCCUCACCCAUCCAGGAGCAAUGCUCGACGACCCCAGGGAGUUUCGAAGUCUCUCGGCAGAUGGCAGCAGCUCCAACAGCAGCCAAGAUUCUCUCCACAAGUCUAGUAAGAAGAAAAGCAUUAAGUCUUCCAUCGGUCGGCUUUUUGGGAAGAAGGAGAAAGGAAGGAUGGGCCAACCUGGGCGGGAUGGAUCUGCUUCUCUUGCAUCUACACCCUCUGAAGACCUGGCCUCUGGAGACCCAAUGGGCAUGAACAAGACUGGGACUCUGGGUCCAGCAGAUAAAGACCGCCGCAGCAAGAAGAAGCAUGAGCUACUGGAAGAAGCAUGUCGCCAAGGACUUCCCUUUGCAUCUUGGGAUGGACCCACUGUUGUAUCUUGGUUGGAGCUGUGGGUGGGAAUGCCAGCCUGGUACGUCGCAGCCUGUCGCGCCAACGUGAAGAGCGGCGCGAUCAUGGCCAACCUGUCGGACACAGAGAUCCAGAGGGAGAUCGGCAUCAGUAACCCGCUUCACCGCCUCAAACUGCGGCUGGCCAUCCAGGAGAUGGUGUCCCUCACCAGCCCCUCUGCCCCGGCCAGCACUCGCUCUUCGACCAGUAACGUGUGGAUGACCCACGCAGAGAUGGAGUCUCUGAACGCCGCCACCAAGCCUCCGGAGCUGAAAGAGUUCAGCUGGGAUCAGAUACUGGCCUAUGGCGAUAUGAAUCAUGAGUGGGUGGGAAACGACUGGCUGCCCAGCCUGGGCCUGCCACAGUAUCGCAGCUAUUUCAUGGAGUCCCUGGUGGAUGCCCGCAUGUUGGACCACCUGACCAAGAAGGAGCUGAGAGGACAGCUCAAAAUGGUGGACAGCUUCCACAGGGUCAGUUUGCAUUAUGGCAUCAUGUGCCUGAAGCGUCUGAAUUAUGAUCGCAAGGAGCUGGAAAGGAGGAGAGAGGAGAGCGUCCACCAGAACAAAGAUGUGAUGGUGUGGUCCAAUGAGCGUGUGAUGUGCUGGGUGCAGACUCUCGGUCUGAAGGAGUACGCCGACAACCUCCGUGAGAGCGGCGUCCACGGGGCUCUGCUGGCUUUAGAUGACACCUUUGACUACACUGACCUGGCCCUGCUGCUGCAAAUCCCCAAUCAGAACACACAGGCCAGACAGCUCCUGGAGCAAGAGUACAACUCCCUCAUCUCCAUGGGAACUGAGAGACGACCUGAUGAGGAUGGAACUAAGACGUUCACCCGCUCGCCCUCCUGGAGGAAGAUGUUUAGGGAGAAAGACCUACGGGGCGUGACCUCUGACUCCGCCGAGACCCUGCCUGCUAACUUCCGUGCCUCAGCCAUCUCCACGCCCUCCGUUACCCUGAGAAAGGUUCAGAGUGAUGCCAACUCUGGUGCCCGGGGUGAAUCUGCCUCAGUGAGGACGUACUCCUGUUGAGGGGCUGAGGGCGCUGACUGGAUUGGGACUAGAGGACCCUCUCGCUCAUCCACGGAGAAAGAAGCAAUGAAUAUAACCAUUUAACUUAAAAAUAAAUCUAUCAGUCUGACCAUUCUGCAAUAACAGAAGCAAAGGAAUAAAGGGGAAAAUGACAUGAAGAAUGUAUGAAUGUAUUUUCCAAUCAGACUAGGAAGGUUGAAUGGGAUCAGCUGUUUUCUCUCUCUCUCGCUCUCUUCCUGUCAUUCUGUCUUUGCUCGUUCUCUCUCAAUGGGACUAUGCUGUGAGGUUAAUAAAGGACAACACCGGUGUUGGUUGGGCUUGUGCCGGUCAUGCAGGUUUCCCCUCUCUUCAUUCCUGUCGGAGUCUGCACACAGUCAGCAGAGUUGGCAAUAUCAGGGCUCAUUUUCCUACCUUCAGAGGAAACCACUUGCUGCCAUUUAUUCUCUUACAGUUUGAAAACAACUAAACGUGUCGCCUUAUAACUUCUGCUCAUCAACAGGUGUUUUUAAUGAGAGCCAGGGCAGAAGUUAACCUCACUGUAAAGUUUAGGUUUUAAAAACAAGAGGAAUGACUGGAAGGAUGUUAAAAUGAUUGGGGGAAAUGGCUGGGAAAAAACGGUUAGAACUCUAAACAACACCGAUGUUCUCCUUUCUACUCAUGAGUCGGCUGAUGUCCAAUGUCAUUGUGGCUCUAUUGUUGGCUUCUAUGGUCCCAUCAGGGGUGUCUAAGUGUCCCCAAUUGGUCGGAGUGGUGUAGUAAAACAUGUCCAAAUUCCGACCACUAUUUAGCUCCGACCACAUCACAGGGACCCUCCUCAUGCUUUGUCUAUUGGCACCUUGAAAGCCGAUAGGCUAAGUAAUCUCUUUUGAAGGGACCUCAUUAUAGAGAUCAAAGGCACGGAGGUGGAUGGGGCAGGGUGGAGCGAGGCCACAGAGGCAUUGUGUUCACUGAUUUCAUGAUGUCGAUGGCAGGAAAGCCAUACAGUUAGUGUUGGCACCACUGUCUGAAAAGGCGUACUUUACAAGGAGUUUAUAAGUCCCAGCUUUUGGCUUUAUCAGCGCUGAAGGGGCGCUCUACCGAUUUUUCACACGAGGUUCAGUUUACUCGUCACGAGGAGUACUACUCCUGUUAAAACAGUCGAAUAAUAUCUUUUGUGGUGCUUUCCAACAAAUAACCCUCGUGUCAUAGUGAUGUCAUCAGGAAAGUCUUUCAUAUGGGGUUUGAAAGAGGUGGGCAUUUAGGAGAAGGGGGCUUAAUGAAAGACACUACUGAGUUGCAUUAUGGGAAAUGUGCUUUAUAGAUCAGUAAAAAAGCUACUAAGACAAGUUUUUGGUUGCUGAAAAAUCCAUUUGGAUGGUGUAAAAUGUGUGUUUUUAUCUAGCUCUUUAAUUCUUUGGAAGGACCCCACCAAUGUUCAAACACAUACAUUACCUUCUGGAAAAAAAAUAUUAUUAACCACUUAUCAACAUCCUAUUAACAUUUAUAACUGCAGUAUAAGGUACUUCAUGUAAAAAGUCACAAGUCUUUUGACUUAAUAAUGUGCCAUUAGAGCUGUGGUCCAAAAUGCAGAUUUAGUAAUUAAUAAAAUACAAAAAUAUAUCUUGUGUGGAGUUUAAAAUGUUAAUAAGUUGUUAAUAAAUUGAUGUUGGUCCAAAUUCUCUUCCUAAUUAAUUAAAGAGCUAUCUAAAAAUGCAACAGGUCAAAUGGAUUUUGGAAUUUGCAACCCAAAAGUUAUUAGAAAAGAAUUAACAUGAAAAUGCCAUUAAUUACAAACUGUAAACCCUUUGUAAAGUAUGUCUUAUUAAAAAAGUGGUACCAAAGGUUUUGAAUAUAUUUAGGAAGGCCCUAGCUGGCCCUCCACGAUGUGGUCGUUCGGUUUAUGACUUGUAAUCAUCAGCUCAGGGUCUUGGGUAAUCCUGAUGAUGGGAGAGGUGGCGGAGAGACAAAACAGCGACUCACGGGCAGGAAAGAAAAAACUAAAAGAAUGGACAGAAGCCGGUCAUUUUACUGCACACACAAGCCAUAACAGAAACCAAGAGCUCUCUGGGGGGUGAGAUCAGAGAGAGGCAAGAAGAGAGGGCGAGCCCGAGAAAGCCCAGGAAACAAAACCUUUAGCCUCUGUGUUUACGAUGCAUGUCAAACAAACGACAAUGACCUAAAAACAUUUUUUUGGUGGUGAAGAUGAUAUGAGGUGUCUUUAAAAAAUAUAUAUCUGUAUGAUAAGCCUACAGGGGGUGGGAGCCUGGGGAUCAAUUUGUAAAAUGUGUGUAUUUUUUUCAGUUGUAUUUUUUAUUUUUUACGAUAUCUAUUUAUUUUCUUUAGGUAUGUAUUGGAUAAAUGUAUGUACAUGUUCUGUUCCUUCUUGGCUUCAUUUGAACUAGUUUUAAAAGUAAAUAUGAAACAUUGAAAAUGGUCAUUCAAAUACGCUACUGUAUGUGUACAUUUUGAGAACAAAUUGUGCAAUGAUUUAACAGAUUUCCAUGAUUAAAAUGAUAAUAAUACAAACUGAAAAUAUCUGGAAAAUAAACAAUAAUGAUGAUGAUGAUGAUGAUGAUGAUGAUGAUGACGAUAAUGAUGAUGAUAAUGAAAAUGGUGAUGUAAAAGAAAAAAAAAUAAAGCGAUCCAGGUGGAUCUGCUGAUCAUCGCAAA